AGUGCAUAUGUGUACUUGAUUUUGUUACCCUGGUUUUUAAAGAACAACAUGAAAUUUAAAUAACACAAACGGAUUUAACAAAUGACAGACGAACUAUUAUGAUUACGCCAAUAACGCUGUGCAUCAGAGUUAUUUCCCUUUCUGUCGAAACCGAGACUCUUACGCCUUAUUUCGUGACGCCAUUUUGUGUAUUGAGUGCUAAGGGCGAAACCGCCUUUCUCUGCGUUUUCCACAUUAUCGUGGAGACUGAGCUUUGUCUUUCCCUAGCUAUGGCAAAAACUAAUCGUCAAGAUGUUAUCCAGCCGCUUGGCAGGAUUACCUUCGGUAGAGACUCAUCGGAAAGUACAUAACACAGACGGACAUAAUAGCAGAUGGGAGAAAUCCCUUUUCGCCGACCAGAGAAAAGCACUGUUGGCUCAUCACCGCCGUGUUGAAGUCACCACCGUGUCGAAGAGUCGACCACUCAGUCAUUAUUAAUAAUAAUAUGAGGUCUGUUUGAAAUCACAGACAGACAUGAGCAUGGCCACCCUCUGGACAUUGAUAUUUAUCACAACAUGAUGCUGUAAAAAUUAAGUUUUGUUUGGGUUUGUUUGGUUAGUGGGGGGGAAUCAUUCAACUCUACAACUUCCUGAAGUUUUUCAUAGAACAGCAGUUUAGACCAUGGGAGAUCCACAUACAAGGAAAAGUGCAGCAAUCAAUCGGUUGAGAUGCCAGCUUCGCAAAAAGCGAGAAUCGCUCGCAGAUCAGUUUGAUUUUAAGAUGUACAUUGUGUUUCACUUUAAGGAUCAGAAGAAAAAUUGUGCCAUGUUUGAAGUGGCGGAGGUUGUACCAGUGAUGACAAACAACUAUGAAGAUAGCAUACUCAAAGGAGUAAAGGAAGAGGCAUACUCUUAUGAGAGUUCUCGAGAACUUCUUGACAGGGAUGUAGUGCAGCUUCAUGCACCAAGAUGGCAGCCACUGAGAAGAGACAUCAUUGGUUGCACAACUGAGAUGGACUACUUCUUGUGGCCACGAAACGACAUUGAUCGGAUUGAAUGCCACGUGUUUUCCCGUUGGAAGGGUGAUGGUGGGGCAUUCCGGCCAAUAGUUUGCGACUUUGUGUUCAGUCAAUUAGAUUAUGAACGGCAGCUGAUGCAUCUGCUGACUAGUCGUGAAAAAUCUGGCCUUAUUAUCAACAAUCCAGAGCAGACGGUGUUCCUGUUUGUUGACAAAUAUGUUAAGCAGACCAGCAAGAACAAGGUUAUGCUGUUUAAGCUGUCCAGCGUCUGCCUGUACAUUCCACAGGAUCAGCUGAUGAGCUGGGGUGUAGGUAGCACAGAAGAGCUUGUAUCAGCCUGCCUGACUCCACAGGAGAGCUGCUGAUACAAUAUGGAAUGAUGAUAAAUUAUAGGCUGGCUUGAAGGAUCCAGUGCCUGCCUGCUGACCAUUGCAGUGACCUCUUUGUACUUACGCAUGUCUUAGCUCCCACCAACAUAACUAAGAAUGCAGGGAUGAAGGGAGUGGGCUUCCCCCUUACUUUUGCCAUUCAGAAGUAGCCAGUGGAUCAUUAAGCAAAAGUUGUAGCUACAAUGUUGCAUGCAGUUGUUCAUAGCUGGAUGGCUUCUGAGUAUAAGGAGAUUGCAGUGGACACAACAUUUGUGAAAGAAUUCACUGAUUCAUACAUCCCACAUAUCAUUACUCAAUUUGUAAAAAUGUUAAAGUUUCAUCCACAUAAAAGGUAUGUUACAGAGAAUUUUUUUGUUUGUUAUACCAACUUUGUUUCUUUUGCCAUUGUUUCUAUGUUUCACUUGUAGAAACAAAUGCAGGCGCACAUUCUCUUUGCCGUGAUAUAGCCUUAGUUGCUGGCUCGGCGUAAAAUACCAAUUCCUCCUCUAUGCACUCAUGCACACACACACACAAACUCACAUACACACCUUGAGUCAUCAUCCUCUUCACCAUUAACUGUCCUGACACAUUAAUAUAUACCUCUGCAUUUUAUCAUGUUUGAGAGAGCGUUCAUACUACAGACACUUCCAGGCAUGUAUUUUGGAAGUCUUAGAGCUACAACAAGCACUGUGACAGAUGCAUGUAAAGUGCAGCAUUCCAUCUUUCUUUCUGAUGACUUAUGGAAAGAAAGUAGAUAAAAAUGAGAUUCAUCUCUUGUUCUACAUAAAAUGUACGCCAAGACUGGACUGUUUUUCACCUCCCUAGCAGCUUUUGUUUUCAGGGUUUUUUUUUGUUUUUCGUUCAUUGAAUAUUUUUCAGAACUCUCUUAAAAGUAGAUUUUCUAGCCAGCACCCUAUGAUUAACUAUAAAACUGCUAAUUGUUGACCUAAGCCAGCAUUAACACAGUUUACAGACAAUCCUUGCCUCAAAAUUCUUGGAAAUUUUUCAAGUGACGCACAUUUUUAUUGCAUGAUUUAAUCAUUCCUUUUGGGUUGCAAACCCAUGGCUUCAUUUGUGCCUGGUUGAUUUAUAGCUUGCUGGCAACAGACUACACCUGUCAUUUAACCAGGAUUUUCCUUCUCAUCUAAAAAUUUGGUAACAGUUUUAUAUUUACAGUUUGAUGCUUCUGCAUAUACAUGCACAUAAGCAGCAUAGUUUAUGAUCUUAUGUACAUGGGGUCAAAAUUGGCCUUGGACAACAAUGGACAAAACUGGCACACCAUUAAUUUUAGUGUGCAAUACAUGAUGACAUCAUCAUACUUACUAGCUGUGGUAUGGACAAAUUAGAUUGCAGAGAGUAUUUAGAGGCUGUUUAAGUAAACCUCUCUUGACCAUGUGUGAUCAUUAUGAUAAUGUUGGUAACACUAGAUAUUUGUUUAGUAUUGUAGUAGAGCAUAGUGAAACAUCAGAUCAAUAGCCAACAUCACUAGUAUUGUCAUCAGAUUACCAUGAAGACAGUAAAAUCGAAAACAAAAUUAAUUGACAAGACAAAAUAACAAGCCAUCAUUUUCAUGCCUUCGCUCUGGAACUGAAGUCUUCAGCAGGGACUAAGGUAGAGCCCACGCUUUUGUUAAAGGAUUUUGCAUCUCUCAUUUGGAUUUUGUAUACUAUUGGAAUAACAAAUUUAAGAUUUGCUAAAAUUGCUGGAUGUUCUGUUGCCUUUUUUUUUAAGCUGGCUUCUUAUCAGUCUGUUAUGUUGCAUGAUGGACCAUUAUUUUGUUGGCAUUGUGCUUCUGCAGAUUACAGUGUGUUCCAGGAGUAUUCUCAUUUUAUUCUAUUGAAAGAUCAGCUACUACAACGAGGGUACAUUGGCAAGUAAUACCUGUACUGAUUAUGUUUUUUUCAAAGAAGAGGAAUAAAAAAAGAAAACCUUGAUGACAGCUACUUUUUGGUAGAAAAAGCAGAAAAUAUAGAAAACAUUUCUCUGCAUUCUCACAUGAUUUCAUGCGAGAUAUACAGGAAGAAAGAGGUUGAAAAAACAUUGUUAUUUUUUUCUAGAAGGGAGUAGGUGUGUGCUGUCAGUGUUGGUGGAUCAUUUUGGGUUACCUGUUAUGCAGUCACAUUGACACACACAAUAAAUGUGUAUAACGAGUCAUUUAGUUCUCCAUACACAUUUUAAUUGUGGAUGCCAAAAUUUAUAGAAGAAUAAAUUGCUAUUCUGGGAA